GCUUCUCUUUCAUCACCACCCUUCUCCUUCCUUUCUCCCUACCUCGCCUCCUUUCUCUUCACCCCGGCUGUCUUCUAUUUUUUUUUUUUUUUUUUUUUUUUUGAUCGUCUCUCCCUUCACCUCCUCGGCUAUGGCUUCCUUCACCCUCCUUGGUCUCCUCCUCUGUCCUCUCUCUCUCCCUCUUCGUUACUUCGUAGUCAAGCUCUGCGGCUAUGGCCGCUUUAGUGCCCGGUCGCGGCCGAACACGACCGAUCCCGGCGGAACGGGGCCGAACGAGGCCGAACACGGCCGUAAGCGGCCGGACACGGCCGGUACAGCUCGCGGCUGUGCGGGGGGCCGACCGGUCUGGGGCCGCGGAAAAAACGGGCGUCGACGACAUCGGGGGGACGCGGCGGUGGCGGCAGCGGGGACGUCAGGGACUGCAUCGACGGUACGGCACGGUCCGACGACAUCGACGGUCAUCGCGACGGCUUGUUGGAUUUGAGUGGGGGGACGAUGACGGGGGUGCGGGGACCAGCAGUGCGGGGGGGUCUGGGGGUGCCCACUUCAUCCUGCUGUCCGAGAGGGAGAUGGCGAAGUUGAGGCGGGGGAACUUGGUUUGGAGCUUCGUCACCACGGGGCAGUACGUCGGGGACCACUUGAAGAUGCAUGGGGACCGAAAGUUGCGUUGCAACUUAUGCGGCCACUUGUUUCAGGGGGGGUCGUCGAAGGUCGCGCGCCAUUUCACGCAGUCGAAGUACUGCAAGGCUGGGGGGAUGAGAGUUCUCGCGGAACUCUGGAACGGCACGGGCUACACAUUCGUGCCGUCCACUGCUCAGCGGGUGCAGAGGUGGAUGGCAGACGAGGGGAUACGGGACACGAGACCGCCCGCGGGUGGCCAGGGACAGCGGAUGGACGACGGAGAGAGGGACGAGAUUCAGGACGCCCUCGAUGAGGAGGAGGGCCGUGAGGGUGAGAUCGGGAAGGGGGUGGUGGCAGACGAGGCGGACGAGGCAGUCGAACAGCCUGACCUGCCAGGGGAGGAGGUGGUGAUGAUGUCGAGAGGCGUCUGUCGAGGAGGUCCUGCUCCUAGGGCAUCGCGACCUGAGUUGGAGCGCCCGAGGAGGGAGAAGAGGGCAGUGGGGGAGGCAGACGUCGAGGUGCGAGACACGGGCAGGGAGAAGAGGGCUCGACAGACGACGAUUGAGGAGAUGUACGACAAGGAGAAGUUGGCCGAGUUCACAGACGCGUGGCUGCAGUGGAUCUACGCGAAGGGGUUGCCAUUCAACACCUUCCGUGGUCCGGAGUUCCAGAGGGUGUGGCAGGCGACAGAGAGAGUGCCUCGCACUAUCCAGUUCCGGUUUCCCUCCUACAGGGUUACAGCGGGCGCCGGGAUCCCUUCACAGAGGGCGAAGGUGGCGACGAUGGUGAGCGAGGUGCGCGCCGCUUUCCGGCACACUGGUGCCACCAUCCUCUCCGACGGGAGGAAGUCGCGCAACGGCAAGCCGCUCGUGAACUUCCUCGUCGGGGGCGCCAAUGGCGCCCUGCUAUAUGCCACCGUCGCACGUGACGGGUCGGUCCAAGAUACAGCGGACAUUGUGUACCGUAGGUGGCGGGCCAUCAUCUUGUCCUUUCCUGCAAAGGACGUGAUCGGCUUCUGCACAGACUCCGCCAGUAACUAUACGGAGGCAGCGCGCAGAUUCGCCACGGUUUACACGGGCAGCCCCCCCAGGCCCAGCCCGCCCGGACAGGCCCGGCCGGGCAGCGUCCUCACUUAGUAAAACGCAUUAAAAAAAAAAAAAAAAAAAAAAAAACAGUGCGCCAUGUCAUUCCUGAAUUGCAGCUGAGUCAAGCAUCACAAAUGACACCAACAAGA